AUGGGUUGAGGAGCAAAGCUGCAUCAGGAGACUCUCGUACCAAAUAUGCUACAGCAAAUGCAACUGGACCAGAUAACAAAUUCAUUUACGGCCUUGUGCAGUGCACGCCUGAUUUGUCUGGACCCGACUGCGAUAACUGCUUGCUUCAGUCCAUCAAUGAAGUCCCAAAUUGUUGCCAUAGUAAAAUAGGAACUAGAAUUGUUAGACCCAGUUGCAAUCUCAGAUAUGAAACUUCCUCUCUCUUCUAUGGGGCUCAAACGUAUAUACCACCAGCACCCACACCCUCACCCUCACCAUCACCAUCUUUUUCGCCACCUUCUAUGGUCACUACUAACACUUCCGCAGAAGAUAACCACGAUGCGUCAGGAAGUACUUAUGCAGAUACAGUCUCUUCCAUACUGUUGUUGUGUUGUUUUGUUGUGUCCUUUUCUGUUUUUAUUUGAGAGAGAAAUGUUUUGAAAGUAAUUUCACUUAGCAUACAUAGCUGUAUCAUCAAAAGAAUCUUGUCCUAAAUAUGCUGCAGCAAUUUCAUUUGUAACUUUGGAGACAACUUUACC